GGGCCCCGCGGCGCAGGCAGUCGGGGCGCGCGGCUGCAGCGGCGGAGCCCGAGCCGGGAGCGGGAGCGGCAGCCGGAUCGCAGCCUGCGGGGCCCGCCGCAGCCAUGGGCAACCGCGGCAUGGAAGAUCUCAUUCCUCUGGUCAACCGGCUGCAGGACGCCUUCUCUGCCAUCGGCCAGAACGCGGACCUCGACCUGCCGCAGAUCGCCGUGGUGGGCGGCCAGAGCGCCGGCAAAAGCUCGGUGCUCGAGAAUUUCGUAGGCAGGGACUUCCUACCUCGAGGAUCUGGCAUUGUCACCCGACGUCCCCUGGUCUUGCAGCUGGUCAAUGCAACCACAGAAUAUGCCGAGUUCCUGCACUGCAAGGGAAAGAAAUUCACCGACUUCGAGGAGGUGCGCCUGGAGAUUGAGGCCGAGACCGACCGGGUCACUGGCACCAACAAAGGCAUCUCGCCGGUGCCUAUCAACCUCCGCGUCUACUCGCCGCACGUGCUGAACCUGACCCUGGUGGACCUGCCCGGAAUGACCAAAGUCCCGGUGGGGGACCAACCUCCCGACAUCGAGUUCCAGAUCCGGGACAUGCUUAUGCAGUUUGUCACCAAGGAGAACUGCCUCAUCCUGGCCGUGUCCCCCGCCAACUCUGACCUGGCCAACUCUGACGCCCUCAAGGUCGCCAAGGAGGUGGACCCCCAGGGCCAGCGCACCAUCGGGGUCAUCACCAAGCUGGACCUUAUGGACGAGGGCACAGAUGCCCGUGAUGUGCUGGAGAACAAGCUGCUCCCCCUGCGCAGAGGCUACAUUGGGGUGGUGAACCGGAGCCAGAAGGACAUUGAUGGCAAGAAGGACAUCACGGCCGCCUUAGCUGCUGAACGAAAGUUCUUCCUCUCUCAUCCAUCUUACCGCCACUUGGCUGACCGUAUGGGCACGCCCUACCUGCAGAAGGUCCUCAAUCAGCAACUGACGAACCACAUCCGGGACACAUUGCCGGGGCUGCGGAACAAGCUGCAGAGCCAGCUGCUGUCCAUCGAGAAGGAGGUGGAGGAAUACAAGAACUUCCGUCCUGAUGACCCCGCACGCAAGACCAAGGCCCUGCUGCAGAUGGUCCAGCAGUUCGCCGUAGACUUUGAGAAGCGCAUUGAGGGCUCAGGAGAUCAGAUCGACACCUAUGAACUGUCAGGGGGAGCCCGCAUUAACCGAAUCUUCCACGAGCGCUUCCCCUUUGAGCUGGUCAAGAUGGAGUUUGAUGAGAAGGAACUCCGAAAGGAGAUCAGCUACGCCAUCAAGAAUAUCCAUGGCAUUAGGACGGGCCUCUUCACACCUGACCUCGCUUUUGAAGCCACAGUGAAAAAGCAGGUGCAGAAGCUCAAAGAGCCCAGUAUCAAGUGUGUGGAUAUGGUAGUCAGUGAGCUCACAGCCACCAUCAGAAAGUGUAGCGAAAAGCUCCAGCAGUACCCACGGCUGCGGGAGGAGAUGGAGCGCAUCGUGACCACCCACAUCCGGGAGCGUGAGGGCCGCACCAAGGAGCAGGUCAUGCUUCUCAUUGAUAUUGAGCUGGCUUACAUGAACACCAACCAUGAGGACUUCAUAGGCUUUGCCAAUGCUCAGCAGAGGAGCAGCCAGAUGAACAAGAAGAAAACUUCAGGGAACCAGGAUGAGAUUCUGGUCAUCCGCAAGGGCUGGCUGACUAUCAACAAUAUUGGCAUCAUGAAAGGGGGCUCUAAGGAGUACUGGUUUGUGCUGACCGCUGAGAAUCUGUCCUGGUACAAGGAUGAUGAGGAGAAAGAGAAGAAAUACAUGCUGUCUGUGGACAACCUCAAGCUGCGGGACGUGGAGAAGGGCUUCAUGUCGAGCAAGCACAUCUUUGCCCUCUUUAACACGGAGCAGAGGAACGUCUACAAGGAUUAUCGGCAGCUGGAGCUGGCCUGUGAGACACAGGAGGAGGUGGACAGCUGGAAGGCCUCCUUCCUGCGGGCUGGCGUGUACCCUGAGCGUGUUGGGGACAAGGAGAAAGCCAGCGAGACUGAGGAGAAUGGCUCUGACAGCUUCAUGCACUCCAUGGACCCACAGCUAGAACGGCAAGUGGAGACCAUCCGGAAUCUUGUGGACUCAUACAUGGCCAUUGUCAACAAGACCGUGCGGGACCUCAUGCCCAAGACCAUUAUGCACCUCAUGAUUAACAAUACCAAGGAGUUCAUCUUCUCGGAACUGCUGGCCAACCUGUACUCAUGUGGGGACCAGAACACGCUGAUGGAGGAGUCGGCGGAGCAGGCACAGCGGCGCGAUGAGAUGCUGCGCAUGUACCACGCGCUGAAGGAGGCGCUCAGCAUCAUCGGCGACAUCAAUACGACCACCGUCAGCACGCCAAUGCCCCCGCCCGUGGACGACUCCUGGCUGCAGGUGCAGAGCGUACCGGCCGGACGCAGGUCGCCCACGUCCAGCCCCACGCCGCAGCGCCGAGCCCCCGCCGUGCCCCCAGCCCGGCCCGGGUCGCGGGGCCCUGCUCCUGGGCCUCCGCCUGCUGGGUCCGCCCUGGGGGGGGCGCCCCCCGUGCCCUCCAGGCCGGGGGCUUCCCCUGAUCCCUUCGGCCCUCCCCCUCAGGUGCCCUCGCGCCCCAACCGCGCCCCGCCCGGGGUCCCCAGAAUCACUAUCAGUGACCCCUGAGGAGCGUCAGCCAUGCAGGAAGGGCCCAACCUCACCUACGCGACCUGCAGCCCCCCGACCAGCUGAGGCUCCCCUCUUAGACUUAUAAGUCUAUGGCUACUGGCAUCCAGCUGCCUGCCCUCCCUGCUUCCCCCAGGGUCCCUUCAGAGGGUCUUGGGUUUUCUGACCGCCCAGAGGGGCCUCCAGUACUCCCUCCAGCCAUCCCUUUUAGCUUCGCCCUUCUGGUUCAAGCAGUGUUCUUUCUGUAUCAGGCCUGGUGGCUGUCGUGUGGGGCUCCCCAAAGCAAGAGGUGGCCCCAGGCCAGUGGGUUGGAAGACAGGGUGACCAGAAAAGAGGGAAGCUCGAGGGGGCCGAGCAUCAGCCUCAACUGCGGGUGCACUGCCUGGGUGCCGUGUGAGAGGCCAGUGUGUGUGGGCUGGGGAGGGCCACAGCAGCCCCCAGGUACUACCUGUGAAGCUCCGCCUCCUCCCUCCAUCUUCCUCUCCUUUCCCUUCCAGUCCCUCUUUUCCAGGAAUCUUGCACCCUCCCCUCCCCUGCCCUCCCACCACUGCUGCAACUCAGCCAGGCCAGCCAUGUGCUGCACUUGCCUUACCAGCUCUCUCCUCGCUUUUUUCUCUCCCGUUUUCUCUCUGCUUUCUCUCCAACUGCCAGCCGAUCGGGUCAGGCAAGUCCAUCCCGUCCUGAGAGUCCCAGGCCCCCCUUCGACCUCUAAACAGAUCCCUCCUCUUCUCGGAGACCUCCCUUUCCAAGCCUGCCUGGACAGCUGUUCUGUGACUUGACAGUGGCUCCCCCAGCCCCAAAGCCAGCUCCCUUCAUCUGUGACUUAGUCUGUUGUAGUGGUGAGCUGACACACAUCCAGGCGUGACCGUUGGUGAAAACUUGUGUCCCCUCUGUGGUAUGCCCCUGCCCUGUUCUAUAAAUAUCUAUAAAUACUCAUAUAUAUACACACCUACACAUGGCCGACCGCCUCACCUCUAGCGCUGGGAAUCAGUCACCGUGCUGUCCUUGUGGAGUCUUGUGGCCCAACUACAAGAGAACGCUGUUCCCCGACAUCCCCCUUCCAAAGUGUGCCACCUCCAGUGAGCCUCCCUGUCAUGCCCAGCCUGUGGACAGCCAGUCUCCGCCAUUCCUCCCACCCCCCACCAAGCAUGGGGGUGCUGUGCAGGCAGCCGUGUGGCCUGACAGUCUCUACCAGUCCUGCUGUCCCUCGGCUGAGAAUAAAACCCAUUUCUGGAUAAUGGGGAAUGUC